CUGACUGCUGUUUUCUUAGGUAGCCCGUUAAAAUGCCCGAACUCAAAACACUUCUUUUUCCAAGAUGGCGUCGAUGAAGGACAGCGACACCGGCCUGUGGCUUCACAACAAACUUGGAUCUACGGACGAGCUGUGGACGCCGCCGAGCAUCGCUUCCCUCCUCACCGUGUCGGUCAUCGACAACAUACGGCUGUGCUUUUCGAGCUUAUCGCCGCCGGUGAAGCUGAAGCUCCUGCUGGGGAUGCUGCACCUUCCGAGGCGGACCGUAGACGAGAUGAAGGAGGCCCUGUCGGAGAUAAUCCAGCUGGCCACGGUGGACUCAGAGCCCUGGGUGCUGAUGGUUGCGGACAUCCUCAAGUCCUUCCCAGAGACCGGCUCUCUCAACCUGGACCUGGAGGAGCAGAACCCGAAUGUGCAGGACAUUCUUGGAGAGCUCAGAGAAAAGGUGGGCGAGUGUGAGGCGUCCGCCAUGCUUCCUCUCGAAUGCCAGUACCUGAACAAGAGUGCGCUGACCACUCUCGUGGGGCCUCUCACGCCCCCCGUCAAACAUUUCCAGCUCAAGAGAAAGCCCAAGAGCGCAACCCUCCGAGCAGAACUACUACAGAAAUCCACAGAAACAGCCCAGCAGCUGAAAAAGACAGCCGGAGUGCCUUUUCAUGCCAAAGGGAGAGGACUGGUCAAAAAGAUCGACACUACCACUCCUCUCAGGGGGAUUCCCAAGGCCCCGUUCCGAAGCCCCACCGCCCCCAGUAUAUUCAGCCCCCCCAGUAACCGCACACCUAUUGCUCCCCCACGGACGCCCCUGCGGAAGGAGAGGGGGGUCAAGUUGUUAGACAUUUCAGAGCUGGACAUGGUCGGAGCUGGAAGAGAGGCUAAGAGGAGAAGAAAGACUCUGGAAACGGAGGCGGGAGAGAAAGCAGCCAAAGAAGAAGCCGUGGUGGAGAACACCACGCCGGACUACGCAGCCGGCCUCGUCUCUGCACAGAAACUGGGGGCGCUGAACGAGAAUCCCCUGCCGUCAACCAGCUACCUACCGGCCACCCCCAGCAUGGUCCCCUCCUCCUCCUACAUUCCCAGCUCCGAGGCACAGCCAGCCAACGCUGGCGGUUCAGGUCGGGACACGCUGCAGGCAGCUCGCCAGCCGGAGGAGUCGGCAACAGCAGGCACUGGAGCCAACGCCAGCCUCCCGGGCCAGUACAAGCAGAGGACGCCCAUGUACAACGCGAACACCGCGGCCAACCCCGCGACCCCCACAUCCCCCAGCACGCCGGCCUCCACCCCCGCCAGCAACGGGCCCCCGGCGGCCGCGACCGCCAGCCAGCCGGAGACCCCCACCCAGCCUCCCAGCACACCUCAGACACCCACCCCGACACCGGCGCCCACGCCACCACAGCCCCAACCCAAAAAGAACCUCUCGCUCACGAGAGACCAGAUGUACGCCGCCCAGGAGAUGUUCAAGACGGCCAACAAGGUCACCAGACCGGAGAAGGCCCUGAUCCUGGGCUUCAUGGCUGGAUCCAGAGAGAACCCGUGCCCGGAGCAGGGGGACAUCAUCCAGAUCAAGCUGAGCGAGCACACAGAGGUUCUGCCCAAGGCCGACGGCACCGGCAGCACCACCAUGCUGGUGGACACAGUCUUCGAAAUGAACUACUCGACGGGACAGUGGACCCGGCUCAAGAAAUACAAACCCAUCACCAAUACCUCUUGAGGCGCUUCGCGUGCCCUCGCAACCCAAAAUUUCUUAUCCACUUCAAGAAAAAAAAAACAUGUUUACACACAAGUACAAGUAUUUGCAACACAUUUGGGCCAAAUGGAGCACUGGGAGGAGGAGGAGGAGGAGGAGGGGGGAUGGCAAGGAGAGAGAGGUCCUCCCUUAUUCCUGCCCCGCCAAAAUGCAGGACUCUUUGAAGAAUAUUUCUGUAUUUUUUUUUUUUUUUUUUUUUUUCGGUUGUUACCCUUUUUAUUGUUUCUGUUUUUAAGUCGCCUCUGACUCCUUGGUGAUGCUGUGGUCAGGAGGGGUGAGAGCAGAGGAGCUAGUCUCACCUCUCAGCGCUCGUCCCGAGGAACAAGCAUGUCACGUGUCUAGAAAAGAAGACGAGCUGUCUGUAUUUUUCUGUACAAAUGUGCCGUUUGCAGCUUAUUCUUCUACCUACCAGAGCAGAAUCCUUUUCUGGGACAAGACAGACAAACAAUAAUGACCGUCGUCACAGAGAUGACCAAAAAAAAAAAAAAAAACUAACAGGGGUGGUGAGAAGCUCUCAGUGCUGUCACGUUCUGUUCGGAGCCGUCUGGUAGAUAUUUAACAGUUUUUCAUCCUUUUUUCCAAAAGAAGGGAAGAAAAUAAAGCGACAACAGACUCCA